UGUCAGCGAUUGAACUUAUUCACCACACCCAGCUUACUACGAUGGUUGCCGUUGUGGGAAGUGUCAAAUUGUAGGUGUGUGUUUUUUCGUGAGGUAGGACACGCCGUGGAUGUCAAUCGUGGCCCCAUUAAGCCCUCGACCAUGCAGUGUUGUCAAUCAGAUGAGGCUCGAGAGCAGAAAAGAAUCAAUGCUGAAAUCGAAAAACAACUCCGCCGAGACAAGAGAGAUGCUCGACGAGAACUCAAAUUACUUCUUCUGGGCACUGGAGAAUCUGGAAAGUCAACCUUUAUCAAACAGAUGCGCAUCAUCCAUGGAGCUGGCUAUUCAGAUGAGGAUAAGCGUGGUUUCAUAAAACUGGUUUAUCAAAACAUCUUCAUGGCCAUGCAGAGCAUGAUCAAAGCCAUGGACCUACUGAAGAUCCAGUAUGGGGAUUCUGCUAACCAGGAAAAAGCAGAGUUGAUAAAAAGCAUUGACUAUGAAACAGUGACUACAUUUGAGAGUCCUUAUGUGGAAGCUAUAAAGAACCUUUGGUUGGACGCAGGCAUUCAAGAAUGUUAUGACCGACGCAGAGAGUAUCAACUCACUGAUUCUGCAAAAUACUACCUAAGUGACUUGGAGCGCAUCCGCGCUUCAGACUACCUGCCCACUGAACAGGACAUCCUGAGGGCGAGGGCACCCACUACGGGCAUCAUUGAAUACCCUUUUGAUCUCGACUCCAUCAUAUUCAGAAUGGUAGAUGUGGGAGGACAGAGAUCAGAGAGAAGGAAGUGGAUCCAUUGUUUCGAAAACGUCACUUCCAUCAUCUUCUUAGUAGCAUUAAGUGAAUAUGAUCAGAUCUUAUUUGAAUCAGAAAAUGAGAAUCGUAUGGAGGAAUCAAAGGCACUUUUCAAAACUAUUAUAACGUACCCAUGGUUCCAGCAUUCUUCAGUAAUAUUAUUCUUGAAUAAAAAAGAUUUACUAGAAGAAAAAAUAAUGUAUUCACAUCUAGUGGACUACUUUCCUGAAUAUGAAGGUCCCCAACGAGAUGCAAUUGCAGCUAGAGAAUUUAUCCUAAGGAUGUUUGUAGACCUGAACCCCGACAGCGAAAAGAUUAUAUACUCACACUUUACGUGCGCUACAGAUACGGAGAACAUAAAAUUCGUAUUUGCGGCAGUGAAAGAUACAAUCUUGCAGUCGAACCUGCGCGAAUACAACCUGGUCUAG